CUCUUGAGACUAUUCCACUAUAAGUAAAAAAGAAGAGAGAAAAGGAGACUCGCUUCAAGUCAAGUAUUUAUCUUAUUUUAAGACUGGUCUUUUCGUGAGGUUAUGAACGUGACAGUUAUAGGAUUAGUCGGACUAAGAAAAAUUGGGAGGAAGACGUGGGUCGACGGUGACGGGAUGAAGAAAGGAGAGUGGACGGCGGAGGAAGAUCAAAACCUUGUCGCUUACAUCAAUGAGCAUGGGGUCUCUGAUUGGCGUUCUCUCCCCAAAAGAGCUGGUUUGCAGAGAUGUGGAAAGAGCUGCAGAUUAAGGUGGCUUAAUUACCUAAGGCCUGGAAUUAAAAGAGGCAAAUUCACUCCUCAGGAAGAAGAAAAGAUCAUCAAACUUCAUGCUGUCCUCGGAAACAGGUGGGCAGCCAUUGCCAAGGAGAUGGAUAAUCGAACAGACAACGACAUCAAGAACCAUUGGAACUCUUGUCUCAAGAAAAGACUGUUGAGGAAAGGAAUUGACCCGAUGACCCACGAGCCAAUCAUCAAUAACCUCACCGUCACGAUCACUAACGAAGAAUGUGGUAGCUCUUCACCAACUACAUCUUCUCAUACCUCAUCACCUUCCGGCUCGGCUUGUCUCCUGAACAAGCUCGCCACAGGUAUCUCAUCUAGACAACAUGAUCUCGACAAGAUUAAGAGCAUCUUGCUGGAGCCGAGAAUCGCAAGCAGUGACCAAGAUGAAAAAGAAGAGUUAAAAAGGGAUCACAAGAUAGGUGGUGGUGAAGAAGAACAAGAUGAUUUUCUGAUAUGGGACGAUGAAGAAGUUAGGCGUUUUAUGGAGAGUGGCGAAAUGGAGUACGAGACGACGCCGUACGUCUCUCUCUUUUACGAAAGUACUCACGUACUUGAUGACCUCCUCUAAUUCCGUUCAGUACUAGUGUGUGUUGUUAGCAUCUGAUUUAUUGUUGCAACAAAGAAAAUUAAUGUGGACCACUUUGACCAAGAGAAAGAUUGUUA